UCAGAGGGUUUGUCGUUCCUCCACAGUGGGGUUAAAAUGGUUCAUGGUAACUUGUGUGCAGAGAACAUCAUCUUGAAUAAGAGCGGAGCCUGGAAGAUCAUGGGUUUUGACUUCAGUAUCUCCUCUAGUAACCCAUCUGACGCUGAGCCCAAGUAUGUUUGCAAAGAGUGGGACCCCAAUCUGCCGCCUCUCUGCCUCGCGAACCCUGAAUAUGUGGCUCCUGAGUACAUCCUGUCCGUCAGCUGUGACGCAGCCUCUGAUAUGUACUCACUGGGCGUAUUGAUCCACGCUGUGUUUAAUGAAGGCAAGCCUGUCUUUCAGGUCAACAAGCAGGACAUAUUCAAGAGCUUCAGCCGACAACUGGACCAGGUGAAGA